UUUAGAUCUUUAAAUACAUUUUCACUGUCAAGAUGAAUCGAUUGGGCUGUUUUUUAAUGUGCGGAUAAACGAAUGUAGACGCCGUCAGGGGAGCGAUUGUUGUUAGGAGGAAUGAACCAUCGGUAUGCUAACAAGCACAUUAGCUUGACGUCAACAUCACCGAAUUAGAUUUAUGCAUUUUAAAAAUGUUUCUUGAUGAACCAGCGGAUAUCGUUUAACUGCAUCCCCAUCAUACUGGAGGGCCCGUGCUUUUAAACGGCGCACAGAAUGCCGAAUGCCAGUGUGAAGACGAAGCACAGUAGGCGAGCCCGCCGGCGACGCAGAGUAGACCCUGCGAGGAAUGAGCUGGUCUCCAGUUCUCUAGAGAGCGCCCAGCAGUGUCUGCUUAACCAAGACUAUGGGACCGCAUUUGUACACUACCUCCUCGUCCUCAAUCUCGCGCCUGUGUUUAAGGACUUAGCACAGGAGUCCUUCAGGUUCACUCUCUUCAAAUGGACCGAGGAGCUGGACUCUGUGGGCCGCAUUCAGGACCUCUUCGACUGCUACGAACAAGCCAUGGAGCUUUUUCCGGCGGAUGAAGUCAUCCUGAACAGCAUGGGCGAACACCUGUUCAGAAUGGGCUUCAGAGAUGAAGCUGCAGGUCACUUCCACAAAGCCUUGAAGCUGAGACCGGACUAUCCAGAAGCCAGAGAGAACUUCUACCGUGUGGCCAACUGGCUGGUGGAGCGCUGGCACUUCCUCAUGCUCAACGACCACGGGAGGAACCGGAAGUACCAGCAAGCCAUUCAGAAGGCCGUGGAGAGCGGCUGCAGCACUGUACUAGACAUAGGUACUGGCACUGGAAUCCUUGGCAUGUGUGCUAAGAAGGCAGGGGCUGCGGAGGUCUACGCCUGCGAGCUCUCCAAGACCAUGUAUGAGCUGGCCUGCGAGGUGGUGAGCGCCAACGGGAUGGGAGACAGCAUCAAGAUCCUCCAUAUGAAGUCUCUGGAGAUGGAAGUGCCAAAGGAUAUCCCACACAGAGUAUCUUUGGUGGUAACAGAGACGGUCGAUGCGGGAUUGUUUGGAGAGGGCAUCAUCGAGAGUCUGAUUCAUGCCUGGCACCACCUCCUGCUGCCUCCGCAGAGGGGUGAGAAUGAAUUUGGCGAGCAGUCUGCCACAGGACGGGUCAUCCCUUCUGGAGCCACGGUGUUCGGCAUGGCCGUCGAGUGCCUGGAGAUCCGCCGGCACCACAGGCUCUGCGUGUCGGAGGUCGGCGGUUUAUCCAUGGCCGCAGCGGGAAAACUCCACAGCCCAGUGAGCUGCAGCUCGGAGCCGGACGACUCCAUGGAGCCGUACACCACAGAGCGACUCAGCAGGCUGCCGGGAGGAUAUAAAGCUCUCACAGAGCCGUUCACCGCCCUCAACAUAGACUUCAACAACGUGCAGGAGCUGGAGGGUCUGAGCUCCCGGGAGGUUCAGGAGCUGCGUCUGCCCGUCACUCAGGCGGGCGAGCUGGACGCUCUGGCCGUGUGGUUCCAGCUCCACCUGGACGAGGAGAGCAGCCUGUCCACCGGACCUCAGGAGGACACCUGCUGGGAGCAGGCCAUCUACCCCGUCCACAACACCGAGGGUUUUGUCCUGCGUCCGGGAGACGAGCUGGUGGUGGAGGUCUCCUGCCGGGACGCCUUCCUCCGGCUCUGCAGCGUCGCCGCGCUGAGAGACGGGCAGAAAAUCCUCCUCGACAGGCGUGCGGAUCCGCUACAAUCUGCAAGCCCGGUGUCCAACCCCAGCCCCGAGGCGGAGCUGUGCAGCGCCUUGGCGUGUCUCCAGACCGACCAGAGUCAGACCAGAGACGUCUGCGUGCUGGAAUGCGCGGAGAUGGCGCUGCUGAACAACCACUACUACCAUCAGAGCUUCUCCGCCGCGCUGUCCAGACUCCUCUCCCGGCUGAAGGCCUCCCGGCCGGACUCCGCCAAGCACGGCGGCGGCCUGUUCUACGUGCUGGACGUGUCGGAGGGCUUCUCCCUGCUCUCGCUCAUCGCCGCCAGCCAGGGUCGGGUCAAGGCCUACAGCUCGGUGGAGAAGAGCGGCCAGCAGGAGGCGCUGAAGAGGCUGGCCCGGUCCGCCGGCAUCCCCGAGCAGCGCCUGGAGUUCUGGCUCAACCACAUGGAGGACGAGCAGGGGAUGCUGAAGAGGCCGUCCAGGGAGGAGCUGUGGAGCGCCAUCAUCCUGGACUGCGUGGAAACAUGCGGCCUCAUCAGGCAGAAGUUAAUGGAGAAGGCUUCGCUGGCCAGAUGCCUGCUGGAAGACGGAGGGCAGAUAUUCCCUCAGAAGAUCGUUGUGUAUGGGAUGCUGGUUGAGUCCGAAGUCUUACUGCUGGAGAGCGCCGUCCAGGGUCGGCAGCCGACGCUGGGAUUCAACAUCGCUCCUUUCAUCAACCAGUUCACUGUGCCGGUCCACGUGUUCCUGGACUUUUCCAUGCUGGAGUGCAGACAUCUCAGUGAAUCCGUGGAGCUCUUCGUGCUUGACCUCAUGGACACAAACGCAAACUACACUCACAGAGAAGUCCGGGUCCAGGCUACGUCUGCGGGCCAGAUAACGGCAGUCCCGUUCUGGUACCAGAUCCACCUGGACCAGGACGCCAGCGUCAGCACCCUCAGCCAGAACUCUCACUGGAAGCAGGCGGCCGUCGUUCUGCAGCAGCCUGUGGACGUGCGCGCCGGGGAAUGGGUCCGGCUCGCCGUGAAGCUUCACAAGAGCACCAUCUCCAUCGCAGCCCAUAUAGAAGACACACACGGCCCGAUGGAGUAGGAGCAUCCGACAGCCCAGUUUGGGUUUUUAUCCUAUAAGGGGACAUUUAAACGGCUUUCUCUGUGUCAUUUACAGAUUUCUGUUCUCAAGUGUUAUUUUUGCGUAAAUUUAACAUUGCAACGGCUUUCUUCUUGUGAGGAAAAUAAGCUAAGUUUCAGUCAUGAAUAUUUGUAAUAAUGGCCUUUGGGGAAACUGUGCUCUAAGACCACAAUUAUAACUUGUACUUGUGUAUUUUUGAGUAUAUGAUCUGCACGUUGUUAUCCCUUUUGUUUUGGACAGUCAGUUUGUUGAAGUGUAAAUGAAAGCAGUUCUCCAGUGAUUUGCUUUCUCUCUCUCUUUUUUUUUUUUUAAUACAA